AGAAUUCACACAGCAGGGAAACCAUAUAGCUGCUCAUCCUGUGGCAAGAGCUUCUCACAGAAAGCAAGCCUCAUUCAACAUCAAAGAAUUCAUUCAGAAGAGAAGCCAUCUACUUGCUCAGAAUGUGGACAGUAUUUCAGAAACAAAUCUCAGCUCCUUGUGCACCACAGAAUCCACACAGGGGAGAAACCUUUUGAAUGCUCUGAGUGUGGAAAGAAAUUUGGUCGGAGUACCUCACUUCAGCAGCAUCAAAGAACCCACACGGGUGAGAAACCUUUUGAAUGCUCCGAGUGUGGAAAGAAAUUUGGUCAGAGUACCACACUUCAGCGGCAUCAAAGAACCCACACAGGUGAGAAACCUUUUGAAUGCUCCGAGUGUGGAAAGAAAUUUGGUCAGAGUACCACACUUCAGCGGCAUCAAAGAAGCCACACGGGUGAGAAACCUUUUGAAUGUUCUGAGUGUGGAAAGAAAUUCAGUCGGAGUGGCUAUCUUCAAGAGCAUCAAAGAACCCACACGGGUGAGAAACCUUUUGAAUGUUCCGAGUGUGGAAAGAAAUUCAGUCGGAGUGGCGAUCUUCAGCGGCAUCAAAGAAUCCACAGAGGUGAAAAACCUUUUGAAUGCUCAGUGUGUGGAAAGAAAUUCAUUAGGAGUUUCUAUCUUCAACAACAUCAAAGAACCCACACAGAGGAGAAACCUUGUGAAUGUUCAGAGUGUGGAAAGGGAUUCAGCUGCAGUAGGAAUCUUCAGCGGCAUCAAAGAACUCACAUGAGGGGUAACUGCAUAGCUGCUAAGCCUGUGACAAGAGCUCGUCUCAUGCUUCAUACGUUAACGUCAACCAUAGAGUCCACACAGAGGUGA